AAAAGGUGGGCUAGAUCGUUCUUUCCGAAAAGAAGAUAUAAUAUUAUGACCAGCAAUAUUUCUGAGUCAAUAAAUUCUGCCAUUGAACAUGCAAGAGACCUACCUAUAACUCCAUUAGUAGAAGCUCUUAGAGAAAUGGUACAAGAUUGGUUCUCAAGACGAAAAGAGGCAGCUACAUGCCAAUUUUUUGACGUGACAAAAUGGGCAAAUGACGUAAUGGAGAGCAAACUUGAUCAAGCAUUUCGAAUGAAAGUUGAUAAAAUAGAUAUGUUCAAAUAUCAAGUCACCUAUGGUGACACAACCUUCAUUGUUGAUCUGACUGAAAACUCAUGCUCUUGCAAGGAAUUCCAACUAGAGGGAAUUCCAUGUGCUCACGCCAUUGCAGCAAUCGAUGCGAAUCAUUUUGAUAAAUACAAGUUUUGCUCUGAGUGGUAUAGCAAAUCUGUUUUGUUGGAAACAUAUGCAGGUUCAGUUAACCCUCUUCCAAAUAAAGAGGAUUGGAACACCCCAGAUGAAAUUAAAGAAGACCGCAUCAAGCCUCCUGAAUUCAAAGUUAAACCAGGACGUCCUAAGAAAAGAAGAGGAGAAGGAAUUGGAGACUAUGCCAAGCGUGGUCGACGUCGAACGAUGACAUGUGGAAAUAGUGGAAUAUUGGACAACAAUAAAAAAAGUUGCAACCACACAACCAACCAAUUCUAAAGCAAGGAUUCUAGCAUUGAAUGAUAAUUACUUUUUAAAAGUUGGGGGUCACUUGGUAAUCUCCAUCAAGGCCAAUUGCAUAGACUCUACAAUUCCCGCUGAGCAUGUUGCUUGAACAUAUAUAGCUUUAUGUUUUAGACUUGAAAUUAAUAAUAAUAUGUAUCAGUUGAAGAAGCAAAGAUAGCAGAGCUUUAUUGAUUUGUUUUUUAUUUUCUUGUUGGAUUGUAAUUGCUGAACAUUUUUGAUGCAUGAGCUUUAUUGUAAUCAAAUAUUUGACCACACUUUUUAAGACUGUAGACAUACCUUUUCAUUUUAAUUUUUACACAUUUGGUUCUCA